AAGCCACAUCCACGUGUGACACACGCAGACGCUCAUUCACACCGGUCACCAUGGCGAUGUUAGCGGUUGUACUCGUAGCAGUGUUCCUCGGAGCAGAUGCUGAGAAACCGAUCUCCUCCCCAUCCUAUCAGCGUCUUGUGAACUUCUACAAGCACACCCUCCCCAACAACCCCGAGUUGCUGCAACUGUGGCAGGAGCAUCUCAACAACUACACCGCCAUGGUGGAGCAGAAGCGGGCUGUGUACAGAUACCCCAUCCCAAACUUCAACUGCCACGCCACCACGCCGUGGGGAGGUCGUGACGCAACUUCCGUCCAUAACCUUCACCCCGGGGACAUCAAGGUCGUUGGCGCAAUCGGAGAUUCUCUCACUGCCGGUAACGGCAUUGACGCAAGCAACAUCCUCGGUGACCUCGUGGAGUACCGCGGACUUUCAUGGAGUAUUGGCGGCGACGGUAGCCUAGCAACAGGGGAACUCACUCUGCCAAACAUUUUAAAAAAGUUUGACCGUAAUGUGUACGGCUAUUCCUUGAAGACGGGCGGACAGAGCAGCGCUAAUGCUAUGUUCAAUCUUGCCGACCCCGGAGAUACCUCAUUUGACAUGCCUGAGCAGGCCCGACUGCUGAUAGACAAAAUGAAGGCCGACACGAACGUCGAUUUUCAAAAAGAUUGGAAAGUCAUCACCGUCUUUGUCGGCGGCAACGACCUUUGCGACUCCUGCCACGACACUGCCAAGUACGCCGCCAGCAACUACGGAUCCAACGUCCGCCAGGCCCUUGACCUCUUCCACAAGGAGCUACCCCGCACCUUCGUCAACCUCGCCACCAUCUUCGACAUCGCCCCCGUCGCCGCCCUCAGCACAGGGUUCUUCUGCAGCUUCGUUCACGCCUUGGUGUGUGACUGCGGAGACAAUCGGAACAACGCUGGCGCUCUCCGGGACCUCGCCCAUGCCUACCAGAAUGAACUGUCGACUCUCGUCGCCAGCGGCAGAUACGACACAAGAGAUGAUUUCACCGUCGUGCUCCAGCCGUUCUUCACCAACACGGAGCCCCCGGCAAAGCCUGGCUCCCCCGGUGACAUUGACAUGACCUUCUUCUCUCCCGACUGUUUCCACUUCAGUGGCAAAGGUCACGGCGCAGCCGCACUCUCCCUGUGGAACAACAUGAUUGAGACCAUGGGUCAGAAACAGCUCGAGUGGCACCUGGACCAGCCUUUCCUCUGCCCUGGGGGUUCUAAGGGGGUAGAUCACUGGUUCUUUGCGACGACGAAAAAUUAGUUCUCCGACACGUGAUAUAUCGACACCUUGUAUUUGAGGAAGCCAUCGAGCGAUACCCACAGGCUUGAAGACCUAAAGUAAAACGUGACCUCAAUACGUCUCAAUCGAAUUCCAAUUUUGUACUCGACACCAGUGUUGUCACUAUUACUAGAGCUGCGCUUGGAUUGACCGCUUGGUGGCUAUCUUAAACUAUUUUAGGAGUAAAGGUCAAUAUUUUAUCAUA